UUAAGACGUUAAAUUCAGAGCCCUUUGUUUUGAAGGUCGUUUGAGGCGAACCCGUGUCAGUAACGUGAGCGCUGCGUGACGUCAUUAAUAUGCGACUAAUAAACUACAAUCUCCAUGUGAACUCUGUCAACGGGUUUAUUUUCAGAUUUUGCGUUUUGUUUUACUUUUAAAAAUUUUUUUAUACAUAAGCAGCUGUUGAAUAAUCUGCCAUGUCGUUGACGAAGAGUUGUCGUUUUUGUUUGGGGUUGUUUCGGUCGAGAAUGAAUCCCCAUGUGUUUGGAUAUUUAGGGUCUCCAGUGAGAUUGAUACACGGAGGAUGCCGAAGAUGGACACUUUCUCCUUCACACACACCGCUGGUUCUACAGAAUAGCUUUUAUCCAGACAGUUUGGGUUUUCGGCGGACAUUUAAAACUGCUGUAGCGUCAUGGAGCGACGAAGUUGGCCAAAUUCAGUCAGGUCAUUAUCAUUUGGUUUAUACAUGCAAGGUCUGUUCGACACGUUCAAUGAAGAAGAUCUCCAAGAUGGCGUAUCACAACGGCGUUGUUAUAGUAACAUGUGCAGGCUGCCAGAACCAUCACAUCAUCGCCGAUAACCUUGGAUGGUUUUCUGAUCUGGAAGGAAAGAGAAACAUCGAGGAGAUUCUUGCAGCCAAAGGGGAGACGGUGAGGCGAAUCGCGGACGACGCUGCCAUAGAGAUCGUUGCCGAGGAGACGAUUAAAGAAGCGAUGCAGAGGAGCGAAGACGAGCAGAAAGCUCUCGCGGACGACGUGGAUAAAUCGUGACUCUUCUGACAAAUCUCUGCUGCAGUAAUGGACAGUAUUAAUUUGACUGUGGAUACCAUGUAGAAAGUGUGUAAAUCUGCUGUUGUAUAUAAAAGUGUUGAGGAUGGAGGACUUUCCAGUUUCUUCAUAACGUGA